UAAACAUAAGAACCCGUUUGGUUGUAUACACUUACGCUACACACAGCAGUCAUCAUGCGAAACGUUGUAUUAUCUGUAUCGUUUUUGGUUUUCCUGCUUGCGAGUCAAUCGUUUGGAACCUUGCAGUGUUCACGUCUAAAUGAAAUUCGAGAAUGCGUCAGAGAAUGUCCUCCGGAAAAAUCCUGUAAAAACAAAGAUAUAAAGUUCAGUUGCUUACAUGAUGAUAAAAAAUCAUGCCAAUUAAAAUGUGUAUGUAAAGAAGGCUUCUACAGAAACUAUGAUGGAGACUGCGUUUCUAAUCAAGCAUGCGAUCGAUGUCCUGCGUUGAACGAAGUUUUCAAUUGUGGAAGUGCUUGCGAUACGACAUGUGCAACACUUAACCAGCGUUGUCCCAUUCUUAAUAUAAAAUGUAAUGAGAAAUGUUAUUGUAGGAGAGGGUAUGCUAGGAAUGACAAAGAUAUUUGCAUUCCUAUAAGUGAAUGUAACCAUGUCAAUAGCCACGGGAAUGCAGUUAGAUCAGCUAGGUCGGCCAAUGAACAUGAAUAUGAUUCAAAUUAUAGUAUAUGCGGUCCAAACGAAGAAUACCAAAAAUGUAAGACGGCCUGUCCACCGGACACUUGCAUUUCGCUAGUUGCAAAAUACAAAUGUGUUAGUAAUCCCCCGUGCGUUCCUGGAUGUGUUUGCAAGUCGAGCUUUUUAAGAGCCAAGCCUAAUUCACCCUGUAUACCAAUGAGGCAGUGUCAAGAAUUAGCUAACUAGGAAAUAACUUCUAAUAUAAACUCGAUG